AAAUACGCGGCAUAGAAAAUCUCAGAUUCAGUGUGCGCGCGGAUCGAAUUCUGAUUUUACACGAAAUAGCUCGCUCUUACGAAACGUUAAUCAAACAUCAUGAACAUAUUCGCGUUUCUUGUUCUCGUCUUCUCUGUUACCGUCAUUGCCGAAGACAAGACAAGCAUAGAAUAUAAAUUCAAACUUGUGAUGAAGUGUUUAGACAAAGCGCAUAUGACAGUAGAGGAAAUAAAAUUUGUACAGGAGAAUAUAAUGAGGAUGCAAGACGACAAAAUCGACGAAAAAGCUAGGAAAAUUUUUGAGAAGCACGGUUACUUUGCAGCCUGCGUAGAGGAAGACUUAGGAAUGAUAGAAGACUCGAAAUUGGUCGUGGAUAAAAUAAUGGAAGGCGUAGAGAGGGAUAUGGCCAGAAAACCCGUUAACAAGGACUUCGUGAAGAAAUGCGCGAACGCACUAAAUGAUGACAGCGAACUGACUCGAGAGGAAAGAGCGCUGGGUAUGUCAAGGUGUCUCAUGGCCGGUCGUAUCAGAAGACGCGUCCCGCGGCAAGUGAACGCGCGUAGAGACCCUCAAACAGAGAUUGGCCAUUGGAAGAUCUCCACGUGAUUCGUACACGGGAUAAUGACCCGAAAAAUAACGGCACCAAUAGGGAGCUAUGCUCACCAAGCGCGAACGGGCAUAAAAUAUGAAUUAAAAUAUUGUCGCGAAUGUAUAGCUUAUCGCUCAAAUAAUGAUGAUAAAUUAAGAUGUAUACAUAUAUAUCUUUUAAAAUGUAUAAUGUAAGUUGUUGAAAAUAUUACAUAUAGUCAACAAUAAUCACAGCAAUCAACACAUUUGCGCGCAAGACAAUGCAAAACAACGAUGACAACACAAUUAAUUAGAGUUUCUAGAAGUAAGAGGUUGAUCAAUGUCCCGUUACUGAAUGGCUGAUACAUUAUGGCAGAAGCAAUCAAUGAUAACUGAGUAUGCAGCGCAGUUGAAAAGCAAAAGUAUACAAAAUAAAUGUAACAGUAUACUUUGAAUCAUAUGUAAAAGUACUACGUUUACAUCCAAUAUUAAGUCAAAUUAAAUAAAUAUUAAUAAUUCUUGUUAA